ACAAGGGUCAUUCGAAAAAUAGUGUGAAUUUUGCACUUUAAAGUCUUGUUUAGUUUUUAAUUAUAUAACGUUUUACAAUAUGUAAAUAAAAUGGCAUAUAAGUGCAAUAUAUUUCAUGUGUUUAACAUUGCAACGUGGUAGUGCAACGUAUAGAUAGAUAUUGGUGACAAAUAUUAUUCAUGAACACGAUGGUUUCGACUUUGCAACUGCAAGAAAAAUAUAACAAGAUUCGUAAAAACUUCUGCUUUUAUUUGGAUAUACAAGAACCAUCUAUAGCGCGAUCUCUAUCUCGAAGACUGCAAGACAUGGGCUUACGCGAAGAAGUGUUCCUAACAUCGCGCGUCACCCACGUGGUCGCGGACGAGCGGCCGGCGGUAUGGCGUGAGAGCCGCGCCCGCGCCGAUGCCAUGCUCGAGAGACUGCGCGCGCAAUCGCCGAAGCACGCGCAACAUAAUUACGUGCAGCUCACCGUGCAAAAGGCUAUAAGUCUAUUGGAUAAACUGUAUGACACAUUCUUCACGCAGCGUAAAGCGCAGGUCAACUUCUUCAGUAAACAUUUUAUCAAGAUUGAAUUUUUGGACAAACCGUGCCGACCUGUGUAUAAGGAAUUUGAUGAGUGGCCGCAGAUCUCACUAGAGCCGGAUCCUCCCAAGGAGAAGAAAGAGAAAAAAGAGUCGCCGGAGAAUCUCGUCGCAAUUCCUUCUAAUAAUAAUAUCGGACACAAAAUGACGCGGAAGAGUCGACCUCGUAUAAAAGAAAAAGAAAUAAAAGAAGAGAAGGGUGGUUAUUGUGAAAUGUGCAAUGUUGAUUACCCAGAUGCCACCACACAUCGACGGACGCCCCACCAUCUUGCGUUCGUCAGGAACCACGCUAAUUUCUUAUCUCUAGACUCUCUUAUAACCUCAGGUGCAGAUGUCAACACCUUCCUUGACAAAGCCACACCAGUAAACGGUGAAAGACGUUCGUUGCGCAAAUUGUGCAACGGAGACUCAGAACCAAAAAACAGACGUUCCAAAAGAUCUCAAUCGCCAGACGCUAUAAACGGCAAUAUAAGCCCGAGACGUAAUGGCGGUCUCGAUGAGGAAAAGAAACACAACACCAGAUGCAGUAAGAAGACGAGUGAGUCCACACAGUCAGAAGACCGCCAGUAUUAUAAAGUAGUCGGUGUCAGUACGAAGCUUCGGUCGAGCGGGGGAUUCACCAAGAAGAAGGAAUUGCCUGUUUGCAAUGGAACAAAACCUUUAGUGGUUAAGUUCAGAAAAGUGCGGCGUUCAGAACUAUCAGUGUUGAGCGAUGAGGCUGAACAAUUCAUGUUUCCAAAACGCGCCAGCUCCACUAGUUCCACUUCUUCCGAUGAUGAUGACGCGAUAAUCAACACAAAAACAAGGAAAAAGGCGUCACCACAGCUCCCACCGCCCGCAGCAGAACGGCAGAGGCUAGCGAGGCCCGUAGCGUUGAAAGAAGAAUCCUCAGAAGAAGAUAGCUGGCCGGAAGAAGAUAAGAGGAGAAGGAAGCGACGGGCACCACCAGUGAUUAAAAGGGCUAAGAGAGGGUGCGGUAGACCAAGAUUACAGCCACCGAGUAAACCGCCUGAACCUGAAGAACCACCCCCACAACCUGAGCCAGAAGUCAGUCCACUCAGAGAAGAAGCCUCAGAAAAGUGUAUGAAGUGGGAAGACGGCAAGUUGAAAUACACUCCGGCAGUGGAACAGUUGGAAUUUGCUUUUGAAUCUGUGCCACAUAGCGAGCCUUGGUUUGAGACAUUCAAGCGGCAGGAUCAAGACAAGGUUGUUGCUAAGAAUGUUCCUCAGUAUUUUGCGCUUUACUCAAAGUCACCAAAGUUACCAUACGAAAUUGGUCAGUUACCACCUUUGAAGCCAAAUUGUUGUCCAUUAAGUGACCUCGUUCGCCGCGAGGAGAAACCUGGGCCUUCACGUUCAUAUGGGACUAGGGGAAUGAAAAAGCAAAAGAUUAGAAAGCGCACAGCCGCCAUUCUAGCACUUGAAAGUCAUCCCAGGAAAUCUCCAAGAGAACAUGCUUCUACGUUAGCCAUUUUAGGCUCAGCUGGCCUCCUGCAUCGGCGGAAAAAUGUUGACGACUCUAAAUCAACAGCUUCCGAAGAGACAAUUAGUGAUACUCACUCCAAAGUAGAACCAAUACUUACAGAAACUCAAGAGGCUUCCGAGAGGUUACAACAAUUCCUCUCUGAAGUGUUCGAAGACGCGUCAGAUUACGAUGUCUCAGAGGAUUUAAUGGACUGCGAUGCGUCCGUUAUUACCUCGAAAGCCAUCCUAGAUAUGUCCAGUUUAGUGUCAGAGUGCGAAAACUGCGAUCUUAUCCGGAACGAAAUAAAACAGGACACGGGCAAGACGAGAGACAGACGCGGCAAAUUCAAAAAGAAGAACCGGACCGGCUGGCCGACGAAGAGGAACAAGAAGAAAGGUUCCCGAAACAGCAGCACGGAGGGGGAAAAAGUUGAUGGCAGUUUGGACAGAUCGUCGGCGGAACCAGAUCUCGGAACGCUCAGCGAAGCAAAUGAGAACCAUUCAGACGGUGAAAACGAUAACACUCUAACCGAAGAGACGAAUUCUAAAGAAACACCCGUAGCUAAUAAGAAAUCGUCUGAUCCUGAAGAGUUGGAGCUGGCGUGUCCCAUAGACGUGGAAGAGAAUAAGUCUGAGAAUGUAGAUAAGAAUUUAAUAGAGAAUAAAUGUAGCGAGCGGUCGUCAAAGGAGUCUGAAAAGCGGACGUCGUCAGAAGGCGAGGAGAAAGUGGAUUUCAAGAAGAAGAAGCGAGCGUUGCAGGGUCUGUGUGACUGGCUGCCAGUAGUGCGCGUGGCUAGAGUGGACCCCAGCGCGGGGCGAAGGCUCCGUUCGGCGGGCAGGGCUCGCUCCAGCAAGUUCAGAUAGCGCCCGGCCCCCACCAGACUUAGUGGCUAAAUAAGUGACUAGGACAAUUGAAUUUCAGAUGUUGAAGCACCGGUACAAAGUUGACAGUUUAUGUGUACUCCGUACCAUCUGUGUUAUAUAGACGCAUUGGUGUCCAUUUUUUUUGCUACCGUAACAAAUAGAUGUUGAAUUUCGAUGUGAAUAUUGUUACUUCCCGUAAAGUUGUGAUAUUGAUUAGUAUCACAAGAUUUUUAUCUAAAUGUUUUAGAUUCCACUUUCCGUGUAUAAUAGAUAUUACCAAUUGUUAUUUGUUAAUUGAAUACGUCUAAUAUUAAAAUGUCGGCGUAUUCAAAAAACCGAUUUGUAUUUUCAAUAUGAAUCCACACAUACUAAAUAAUAUAUGAAGGCAUAAUUUGAUACCACGCAAUUCCUAGAAUUAGUUCCGUAUAUGAUACUGCAUUCAUUCUCUCGAUGUCUGUCUGAAACAUCUGAAAUAAUCCUAAAAAUAACUUAUUAAAUACAUAUUUAUUUUGUACGUUUAUAAACUGGAGCUAUAUUAUUUGAAUGUUAAUUUAGUAUGAAAGUUUCAGUAUUUAUAUCUCGAGGCUCUGUGAAGCCGUUGUAAAUAUAUGUGUAAUAUACUUAGAAAUUUUAUUAUCUAUUUAGUAUAAAUGUUGUGAUUGUAUGAAGAGUGUCUCAAGAGCGAGCUUACUCUGUACAUAAAUGUUUUCGUAUGCUUAAAGUAUGUUGCUUUUCUUUAAAUGAAAUUUGUUUACUGUCAGUUCAUCAGUAACAUUGUAUAAAUAAAAUAAUUACUCAUAAAA